UUUAUCUACGUUUUAAUUUUCAAAAAAUGUCCAAUUGUUUAAAAGAAAAACGGACAAAGUUUCCAUUUACUGCAGGUGUAACCAGGAUAGUCGACUUGUGAUAGAAAAAAAGCUUCUGACCUUUAAGAGAUUUAAAUUACAUGAAAAUUAUCAAUAGAUCUAUUGAUGUCAAUGCAGAUUAAAUCAGAUCCUCAGUAAUUCCCAAGUUUAAACUAGAGGGCGUUUAAAAAUUAUUAAAAAUUUUACUAUACACAUCUAGUAUUAUUUGUAAUUAUAAUUUUUUUAAUACAAGUUUGGCACACUAGCUAGUAAACAACUUUUGAAUAAGUCAUUAAUCAGUUAAAUAAUUAAAAUAUUUAUAUUUAGUUUAAUUUAUCAAUUAAAAGUCAUGGAUUUAGAGGAUUUUUGCAAGAAAUUACCUAAGCUGGAACUUCAUGCCCAUUUGAAUGGUUCAGUCUCUCCAAAAACGAUUCGUAAAUUAUGUGAAUUGAAAAAUAAAAAUUUUAAUGAGGAGCUAAGUCGUAUUGACACGUCGAUGUCAUUAAAAGAAUGCUUUAAAAUAUUUGAUAUCGUUCAUACUUUAACUGAUACAACGGAUGCUUUAUUUAUCACAACUUGUGAUGUCAUAAGUGAAUUUCAUAACGACAAUGUCAUUUAUUUAGAAAUUAGAAGUACUCCGAAGUAUGUCGAGGGUAAAAUGAAUAAAAAUGAAUAUAUCGAGACGAUUAUAAAAGCUAUUGAGCAUUCAAAAAAAUUACUACCAGAAAUUAUAGUAAAAUUUCUAGUAUCAGUCAAUCGUAGAAAUGGUUUUGAAGACGCGGAAGAAAAUGUCAAACUGGCAAUCGAUUAUUAUAAAAAAUAUCCUGAGUAUGUUGUGGGAAUCGAUUUGAGUGGAGAUCCAACUGAAGGUGAUGCUUAUUUAAAUUUAUUCAAAAAUGCCAGAAAUAUUGGGCUGAAAAUUGCUGCUCAUUGCGCUGAGGUACCCAAUGAAAAAGAAAUAAUGGACAUAUUAGAAUUCAAACCAGAUCGAUUGGGACACUGUACAAAUAUCCAUCCAAAUUUAAAAGGAAGUCAUAAAUUGUUUGGUAAACUUAUUGAGUCUAAAAUACCCGUUGAGUUGUGUUUGACUUCGAAUUUAAAAUGUGAAACAAUUAAAUCAUUAUCAGAGCAUCAGUUUUUAUAUUUAUACGAAGCUAAUCAUCCAAUUUGUCUUGCAACAGAUGAUAAAGGAGUAUUCGAUACAACGUUAUCACAAGAAUAUAAAUUAGCUGCUGAUUAUUAUAAUUUAACUAAAGAUAAUUUGAAACAAUUAGUUAUAUCAUCAGUUGAUUAUGCAUUUGUUAGUAAAGAAGAAAAAAUAAAACUAUUAAACACAAUUGCUGGUAAAAAUAAACAGUUAAAUUAAUUAAGCAAUUAGUUUAUUAAUAAUGGUAAUUAUUACGACAUUAGAUACUUGUAUUUUUUAAAAUUUUCUUUAUUUAUUUUGGAGCACGUUUACAUUGAUUUACAAAUGACGUAACUAAAAAUAGCGACUUAAAAAAAGAGUUAUAUUUUGAUACAUCAUACUCAUACUCAUUCUAAUUAUCUAUUGAUAAAGAAUUUGCUUUUAAAUAUCAGCAAGUAAAUUUACUUAUACGUAAAUAUAUACUCAAUAUAUUUUUAAUUAUUACUUUAGAUAUAUAGAUAUAUUUACCAGGCAUCUAAACAAUAAGAUACUUUUAGAAUAAUUAAUAAUAAUAAUAAUUAACAAAAUGCCUGACUAAUUUAAAAUAGUAAUUAAUUAUAAACUUAUUUAUUUAAAAGAUAAAAAAUUAAAUAUUGCAUUUCACAGCGUGGACUCGAGACCUAUGAGUACUCGAAUUUCAAAUUUUUUUUCAUUAUUAAUUACAAAUUAUUCAUAAUUCAUACAGUGAUUACUUUAAGUAUUAUUAGUAAUUAUUAUCACUUACAAUUAAUAAGAAUAUUUAUUUUUUUAAAUUAUUAUUUUUUCUUUCAUUUUAAUUUUUUUGAAAAAAAAAAAAAAUAAUAAUAAUAAAUAAAACACUUGAAUUUAAAUUAAUAAAGUGAUUAAUUUACAGAUAUGAUGUAAUGAAUUUUUAUUAAUGAUUAAUGUUAAAUAAAUUUUUUCCUGCGCGGAAAAAAAUACAUGGAAUAAUUACAGUUUCAAAUAUCAGUCCCUCUACUCCGAAAUUGUAAAAAUUUCAUCAUUUCUGAGACAUUGCAAUUAUUCCAGUUUUAUAUCUUAUUACAAGAAGUUUUCAUUUAUUACACGAAAAAAAAAUGAUGACUAUUAAAAUUAAUUAUUUAUGCAGAAAAAAUUAAUAUUUAAAGUUUAAAAAUUAUAACUAAAACAUAAAAAAUUUAUGGUACUGUCGAAAAAAUCCAUCUGAGAAUUUAGCCUAGAUUUAUAUGAGUUCGGAAAAAUUCCCAUAUGGUUUCCCAUGGAAAUUCAGUAGAGAUUUAUACAUUUGUAUCAGUAGACAAUAGACAUAGAAAUCCAGAUAUCCCACAAGUAUCCAAGUUUUUAUAUGGGAAUUCCAGUAUCUAGUUUCCUAUGUGGAUUUCCUACAUGGGAAACUAGAUAUCCAUAAUUUCUUACAUGGAUUCUUAUAAAAAUUUAUAAACUCCUAUAUUAAUUUCUAUAGAUUUUUACAUAAAUCCAUAAUUUUCUAUAUGAAUUUCCAUGAGUUCCCAUGCAAUUCUCAUCUCUUAUGGAUUUUUUUUAUAAAAAUAUAAACUUUCAUGUUUGGAAUUUUUAAAUUUCUUGUGUUGAGACCCAGGUUUCGGGUUAUAAUUUCAGACUAAUUUUAAGUUUUUUUUUCCGUGUAAAGUGAAAAUUAUACUCGGUUUUUUUGUAAAGGGCUCGGUUUUUUUUUUCACUAAAAAUUGUAAUUUUUCCACAUAUUUUUUUCAUGCGUAUUUUUGAUAAUUCAAUAAAUAACAAAAAAAAUUGAUGACGACUUUUUUUUAAUAAUCUUUAAAUAAUAAACUUACAUAACAGUCUUUUCGGCUAGCUCUCAUAUUAAAUGAUAAGCCUUAUCAUUAAAUAAUUCAUUAACAUUUUUUUAAAAAUUAAUUAAACAAAAAAAAUUUUUCGUCAAUAAAAAACAUUUAAAAAUUAGACUAAAAAUUUUUUUUAUCAAACGAUUAUUUAUUAAUAAAUUUGACAUAAAUUUGAUGAUUAAUUUUGUGGUUAAUUAAAAACUACCCUCAAAAAUAAUUUACAUUGCCACUAAUUAAUGUGCGAUGAAAUUAAUUUAUUAAUUAGUGAUUAAUUAAAAAUAAAAUUUUAAUAAUAUGAAUUUUUAAAAAUUAUUCAAAUAUCAACGCA